CUUCUACUAACUCUUCGAGGGCAACCGACUAGCACAUCAUUUUCCAUAAGCAUAUUCUACGACAGACUGUGGCCUUCAUCAUUAUUGGUGGUGAAGAUGUUUAGAAACAAACACGUAAACUCCUCCGCGUUUCUGGUGUUUCGGUUAUGACGUAUCGGUGUCUGCUGUGUCGUGGAAUUGGUGGCUGGUGAGAGAGAAAGAUAGGGAGCGCAAAAACACAAAACAUUGUGACGCGUCGCUUUUUUGUGGGCUGCUAGCGAACAUAAAGGAAAAACGUUUUCUGAAGCAGAGAGCUUUUCUUUUUUUCAAAAAGUGCACUUGAACGAACAGAAUUUGCCGUUUCGGUGCAGUUUUCCUGCUUCGUUUGGUUGAUUUUGUGCAAAAAUCUAUAGGGGUGUUGUUGUUGAUGAUGUGGAACCAGGGAAUGUCUGCCGAAGCGUAUGGAUCGGUUGUUCUCGGAAUAAAAAAGUGAACGCAAAUGAAAACGUGUAGUGCCGUGUUCAAGUUCAAGUUCAAUGAUGUGCUGCAAGGAUAUAUUUUUAGAUAACACAAACUACCUACUGAAUAUCGGAGUGCUGCUGUCAGUGCCAUGAACCAAUUAGUGAGUCGCUUUGCCCCGAGUGGCCAUAAAUCAGUGUGACACGAAAGAUCACGGAAAACUCCCCUUUCGGAUUGUUACAUGUACCACUAUCAUAUAGAUGUUUGUAAGUUGAUCCCAAUAAUAUAAGUCGUGUCUUCACCCUCGAAGUAAAAGCCCUCCCUAGAUGUGACAGUUCAUCGAACAUUUCCUGCAAAAACCUAGCUGAAUGGAAGCGCCAAGCUGCUAAUGGCAAUAAGAAGCACCCUCAGCAGCAGCAGCAGCGAAUGUGAAUGGAAAAGCUCAAACAGGAUCUCAACAUUUUCAUCCUAGACGACAGCAAUGUGCAAGCUGAUGGCCUCCAGUACCAUCAAUUUCCCCGGGAGCCCUCAUCUCCGGUUCGGAUUUCGCUUACGCCCCCGCCUCUUGCGCCAUCGACAUCGGCGAUAAUGCUCAAUCGAAUUGUUCCGAUCGGGUGCAGUUUGGAUGACGAUGGCAGCAGCAUCAAUAAUGAUAAUGAUGCUUCCCAUCGUCGAAUGAAAAUCAUUGACACAGUGGCGGCGGGGGUGCUGGUUAAUGGAUCGUCCUCGGUAGCUGCCAUUCGGUUGACUCAACAUCAGCUGCCUCCCCAUCAGCAUCAACAUUUUCUCGAAUCUGGAACGGCAAGUGCUGCUGCCGACUUAAUCGAUAUCAUUGGCAGCAAUAACGUGGAUGCACUGAUUAGUGAUGAAGAGUUUGGCUUCACCGGGAACGAUAUUCCAGAUGACCCGCACUUCAGCGACCUAGUGUACUCGGCGGAAAUUGCCAUCGAUGCCGGCAUUUACCCGGAACGGAUCUACCAGGGCAGCAGUGGGUCCUACUUUGUCAAAAACCCCGCCAAUAAAGUCGUAGCGGUAUUCAAGCCAAAGGACGAGGAACCGUACGGGAGACUGAACCCCAAAUGGACGAAAUGGAUGCACAAGCUGUGCUGUCCCUGCUGCUUCGGACGAGCGUGUCUCAUUCCCAAUCAAGGAUACCUUUCCGAGGCUGGAGCCAGUUUGGUGGAUCAGAAGCUUAACCUAAACAUCGUACCAAAAACGCGGGUCGUUCGGCUGGUUUCGGAAACCUUCAACUAUCCCCGAAUCGACCGGCAGAAGGCCCGCAUCAAGCGAACUAUCAAGGAACGGAUACCGGCCGCUCGGUUCAACCGCAUGAGUUUACCUCCCAAAACCGGAUCCUUCCAGCUGUUCGUGGAUGGCUUUAAAGAUGCCGACUAUUGGUUGCGACGUUUCGAGCAAGAGCCACUUCCGACUAGGCUGGCGCAAAAGUUCCAGCUGCAGUUUGAACGCCUAGUCGUGCUGGAUUAUAUCAUCCGAAAUACGGACCGUGGCAACGACAACUGGCUGAUCAAGUACGAUCAACCAACGAUAAUUCCGACCAGCAAUGGGAACACACCGAACGGAAUUCCCCGGAGCAGCAGCCGCUUAGAGAUGCACGAAAAUACCGACUGGAACCUGGUCCAGCUGCCGGAGAUAAGGAUAGCCGCCAUCGACAACGGAUUGGCUUUCCCCUUCAAACAUCCGGACUCUUGGCGUGCUUAUCCCUAUCACUGGGCUUGGUUGCCUCAGGCAAAGAUUCCGUUCAGUCAGGACAUCAAGGACCUCAUACUGCCGCUGCUGUCCGAUCUGAACUUCGUCGAGGAAUUGUGCAACGAGCUGUUCGAGCUGUUCCGCCAGGAUAAGGGCUUCGAUCGGGGCCUGUUCGAGCGGCAAAUGUCUGUGAUGCGCGGUCAGAUCCUGAACCUGACCCAGGCCCUCAAGGAUGGAAAGAGCCCUGUCCAGUUGGUUCAGAUGCCGGCCGUGAUUGUUGAACGAUCAAAAGUGAACCCUGGGUCGGCACGAUUUUUCUCAUUCCAACAGCGCUUCCAAAAUAAAAGUCCAUUCUUUUCAUGGUGUUAGAAUGGGUUGACACUCGUUGUCCUUUGAUUGCGACUGUUGACGAUCCUUGUAAGCUGACCGACACACAUUUGGAGAAUGCGACAUCGGACAUGGGACUAAGACGAAAAAAACUAAAACUCCGAAACAAUUACCUAACUAUUCAUUAAUGAAACAGUGUAAUGCACCUAAUAAUUGAACCGGGUAAGAUGAUGAAACGUUCUGGGAACAUAACUUUCUUUUUUUAAAACAGUUUAGUGCACGAUGAAAACAGAAGAAAAACGAACAGUUUACAUGUAUUAUCAAUAAAAAAAAUAAUAAAAAAAAGGAUCGUGAAAAAUAGAUAUUGAACGUGUAUAGAAGAACAACCUAUUGAUAUAGAAUUCUCUCUUCAAAAGUUAUGAUCUUUCGUUUUCUUUCUGAUUGUGAUGCGUUUAUUUGUAAAUAUCGGAACCAUUCUUCCAAUUCAAACCUUUUGUUUUGUUUAUAUUCGACCAUAAAAUAAAAACUAUCUAAUAAGUAGAGAAUCUUGAUGAGAAAAAAAAAUCAAACAUAACUAGUCUUAUUUCAUAAUUAUUACAAAUUUGUGCAACAACAAGGGUCAAAGUAUAUAUGUAUCUACAGUAGGGUGUCCCAAAAUUGCAUAACUUCUGGGAAUCUGGGGGCUCACCCGCCAAAUGGUAGAUUAGGAUGUGCAGAACAAACUUUUGUAAGGAGCCGACUGAAAAAAAAUUAUGUUCGGAGGUUCCGCAAGCGCGAUCUUUGAAAAAAGUCCACUUUCAAAAGAUUUAAUUUCAAAUAAAUUCUGGGUCCAAAAAUUUCAUGAAAUUUAUAUAUUUUAUAUUUUUUUAAUUUUGUCCGAGUUAAAUACAACAUGUAAAAAAUAAAAAAAGAACCAAAUUUGUAUCAAAAUGUAAAACAAGCAGGCUAUUUCCAAGAAAAAAAUUUUUUUGGUCCAAAAAUUUUGAAUUCAACUGACCAAAAUGUGUACCAAGCGUAAAAUAUUUUUGAUACCAAUGCCAUCAAAAGAUGCGGAUUUUUAUGCACUUAAACUUUGCUGAACAAAACAUGUUGUUUGUAUCAUCGUGUGAAGAGCUAUGCACGGUUUAAUGCUUAAUAAAAAUCACAAUUUAGGAUAUUUUUUAUUUAAUUUAUCAAAUUGUCAUAAUAAAUACCUACUUUAAAAUCAAAAUACUUGCAAAAAAAACUUGGAUGGUUUAAGGAAGUCGUCAGAAGGCCAUAUGCCAAAUUUUAGCGGAAUCGGACAACAGGAAGGGGUUGCACUGAAUCUCAAGUGUGAAGGGGAUUCUGAGACAUAGUGUUCUAAAAAAGCAUAAAAAACUGGUUUUUCAUCAUACAUUUUUGUCUUUACCAAUCGAUUGCUUUAUUAUGUCGAUUUUAUUAAAAUUUCAACUAAGACUAACAUUUCACCUGAAGACUGCAACUCGAUUGGACUUAAAACAAAAAAGUUAUGACUGUUCCAAGAUUGUAUUUUUGUGGCAAAUUGUCGUUUAACACACAAUGAGUACAUUUUACUCAUUGCGUUUUACAGGACAAUUUGUAACCAAAAUACAAUCUUUGAACAGCCAUAACUUUUUUAUUUUAAGUCCAAUCGAGUUGCAGUCUUCAGGUGAAAUGUUAGUCUUAAUUGAAAUUUUAAUAAAAUCGACAUAAUAAAGCAAUCGAUUGGUAAAGACAAAAAUGUAUGAUGAAAAACCAGUUUUUUAUGCUUCUUUAUAACACUAUGUCUCAGAAUCCCUUUCACACUUGAGAUUCAGUGCAACCCCUUCCUGUUUUCCGAUUCCGCUCAAAUUUGGCAUAUGGCCUUCUGACGACUUCCUUAAACCAUCCAAGUUUUUUUGCAAGUAUUUUGAUUUUAAAGUAGGCAUUUAUUAAGACAAAUUUGAUAAAUUAAAUAAAAAAUAUCCUAAACUGUGAUUUUUAUUAAGCAUUAAACCGUGAAUAGCUCUUCACACGAUGAUACAAACAACAUGUUUUGUUCAGCAAAGUUUAAGUGCAUAAAAAUCCGCAUCUUUUGAUGGCAUUGGUAUCAAAAAUAUUUUACGCCUGGUACACAUUUUGGUCAGUUAAAUUCAAAAUUUUUGGACCAAAAAAAUUUUUUUCUUGGAAAUAGCUUGCUUGUUUUACAUUUUGAUACAAAUUUGUUUCUUUUUUCAUUUUUUACGUAUAGCAUUUAACUCGGACAAAAUUAAAAAAAUAUAAAAUAUAUAAAUUUCAUGAAAAUUUUUGGACCCAGAAUUUAUUUAAAAUCAAAUCUUUUGAAAGUGGACUUUUUUCAAAGAUCGCGCUUGCGGAACCUCCAAACAUUUUUUUUUUUCAGUCGGCCCCAUACAAAAGUUUGUUCUGCACAUCCUAAUCUACCAUUUAGAGGGUGAGCCCCCAGAUUCCCAGAAGUUAUGCAAUUUUGGGACACCCUAAUCUACAGUGAAACAACUAUACCCAACUUCAAGAUUAUUUUAUCCAGUUCACAGCAUUACUGUUGAGCAACACAUAAAACAUGCAUUAUGCUAGCGUAUAUAAUCAAUUACAAUCCGAAAUGAGGGUUCAACCUUUUAGACGGUUUAGGAAAUUGUUAUUAAAGAUUCUUCAGCAACUUGAUGAAAAAUAAAGAGAUAAAUAUCUUGAACUUAGUAUAGAAAUACUUCGGUAGCUAGGUAGAAAAAUGGACACUUUCCAAUCAAUCGAGAACUUUCAAAAGUGUGUAAAUACAUUUCAACAAAAACUCUAUAAUCCAAAAUAGUGAAAAAAAAAUCAACCCCCAAACAACAGAAACAAAAACGCAAGCCUUAUUUAUAUGUCACAUCACACGACCGACAAAAAUAAUAGAAACCAUUAAAACAGUUGAUAUCCUCAAUAGGCCAACCAUUAGUUUGUAUACAAUCGGUUAAGCUCCUUAAAAUAUGAGUAAUCAUUGAAUAAAAACUUCAAUUUCCCCGA